CAACCGGCCGGAGCCACAGACGGAGACCUAAACGUUUCAGACCGCAGCGGUCCCUGGAAGUGGACCCUCUGAUCCCCACGUGGCCGACACGUUCUCCUGUGGAACUGUUGUGCUCCUGCUCUGCCUGGACACGUCUGUGCUGGAGAUCCUCCAUCGCUGUGAUGUCAUACUGACGUUUUCUAGGCUGGCGAGGUGAAGGUGACGUUAUAGGUGUGAGGAGCAGGAAAAGAAGGCCGCGGUGACUUUCUCUCUGGACGAGCUGAAAGAGGUGAGGAGACGUUCACGUUACAGAUGUCCACAGAGUGAAAUAUUUUACGCUCGAGUUCAUUUAUGGGAGCACUGAGAGGAAAACCUCUGAAUUCUCAACGUGCCGGGACUCGUCUGACUCCGAGCGGCCAGCGCGGAUGUUUUUCUUCGAUUUUGGGGAAAGUUUUUUUUUUUGCUCAUUUAACUGAUUCAUGCUGAGACGUUUCCCCUGGAUCACAGACUGAGGAUGAUUAUAUCUGAAAUUUUAUUACUCUGUUAUAUAUUGAGUGAAUAUUUCAAUUUUUUUAAUAUUUUAAUUAUGAAAGCAGACAAAUCCAUGAAGCAGAUUUCAUUCCUGCAGCAUAAUGUUCAUUAUUGAAGGUUCAAAACAUAUCAGCAGGUUAUGGGAUGAAAUCCAAAGUACAGUCAGUUAUGCUGAUGGUUUUCUUUAAUGUUUCCUUUCAUGAGGAAUCAUCUCCUGUCUCCUCUCCCAAAGGAGGUAAUAAAGGAAGCACGGAGGCACCUUUCCUUUAGAGAGCUCGAGCAGCUCUCGUUACAGCAGCCGUGCAGAUGCUUCAGGGUCCUGUUGCUCUGUUAGAGCUUCAUGAGCAAAACUGAAAAGCUGACUGCAACCACAGAUAAACAGGAAGGGGGGGGUUCACAGGACAAAGGUAAGACUGCUAAAACAGAACACAAAACCACACCAGUGUACUCUCAGACCAUGAUGUAUUUUUCAAAAUGUGGCAGUUUCACAGUUUACAAAUGAACCUGAAGAAACAGCAGCUACGACUUUGUCCAAACAUCCUCGAACUGUGUGGAAAAGAUUGAACCUGACCGAGUGCUGGCCUGGACUCUACUUUUAUUUAAUCCCAGUUUGUACCUCUAAAUGGUGCCUUUAUGUAAUCAGAGCAUGUUCUUAUUUACAGAGAUAAUCUGGGAAAAGGCAGAAAACCUUUUCAGGAAACAGGGACAGGAAUUAAGAGGAAGCCACGAUGACAACUCCUAAAGAAGCUCUUUGGCAAACACUUGGGAACUUGACAAAUGACCAGUUCAAGAACUUUAAGUGGUUCCUGAAGCAGGGACACGAGUGUACCAGUUUUCUAGCCAUCUCAGAGGCCCAGCUGGAAGGGGCAGACAGGCCGGACACGAUCGAUCUGAUGGUGCAAAAACACGGCUACCCUAGAGCUCUUCAACUAACCACAGAGAUCUUGGAGAAGAUCAGCCGGAAUGAUCUGGUCCAGGAUCUGACAAACAACUACCCAAGUCCAAGAAAGAACUUAAAGGAAGACCUGAAGAACUCUGCAGACCUCCCAUGUGAUGAUGAGAGGAGGAAGGCCAAACUGAGUGAGACAAAAGCAAACAUUGAUCUGAUGAUCAAGGAGAGACAGAUGAAGAUCUGUGAAAUCAGAUGCUCAGCAGAGCUCAGCAGGAAGUCUGCAAAGCGACAGACUGCAGACAGUCUGAGGGUCUUUGGAGCUCUGGUGGUCUCUGUGCAGAGCUGUCUGGAUAAACUCCUCGGACAGAUUGAGGAAAAGCAGAAAAUGGCACAGGAGCAGGCUGAAGGAUUAGUCCAGAAGCUGGAGCAGGAAAUCUCUGAGCUGACCAAGAGAAGCGCUGAGGUGGAGCAGCUCUGUCUCACUAAAGACCAAAAUGACUUCCUCCCAAGCCUCUUGUCCACAGACGAGACCCUGACAGAAGUCGGUUUGCCUCAGCCAUCAUACAACGAAAACAUGAUAACCACUGUGAAUGAGCUGAAGGAAAAACUCAGCAAAGACAUGGAGAUGUUUCUCAUUAAGGCAGAGCUGAACAGGGUCCAGCAGUUUGCAGUGGAUGUGACUCUGGAUCCAGAUACAGCACAUCCCAAUCUCAUCCUGUCUAAUGACAGGAAACAAGUUCACUGUGGUGACAGAGAACAAAAUCUUCCAAAAAACCCAGAAAGAUUUGUUACUCUCAACGCUCUGGGAAAGCAGAGCUUCUCUUCAAGAAGCUUUUAUUACGAGGUUCAGGUUGAGGGGAAGACUUCCUGGGAUUUAGGAGUCGCUAAAGAGUCGAUCAACAGGAAGGAAAAUGUCAACGUAAAGCCUGAGAACGGCUUCUGGGCCAUAUGUUUAAGGAAGGGAGGGAUGUACAGGGCCUCGGCUAUCCAUCUCAGUGUGAAAAUCCAGCCAAGGAAAGUGGGCGUGUUCGUGGAUUAUGAGAAGCGUUCGGUGUCCUUUUAUAACGCUGAGUCUGCAGAACUCAUUCACUGCUACACUGACUGCUCCUUCUCAGAGAAACUCUACCCCUUCAUCAGCCCCGGGACUUAUCAUAAAGGCCAAAAUUCCACCCCACUGAUCAUCUGUCCUGUCAGCUACCAUCUCUGACCAACCGUCCACUCAUUAUAGAUUCAGCCAUGUUAGACCGAUCAUAGUCAUCAGCUAGAGUAAAUAAAGUCUCUUUACAUCCACCAGGUUACCACUGAUCCCUUUAGUUACCUUCAUGUCGGGUAAAAUACUGGUAUGUAGUGCUUUAUACGACAUGCCUCAUUCACACAUUCAUACAAGCACUUUCCAUCUAACGUUCACACUCCAGUGAACACAUCAGGAGAGAAAGUUGGACUUCAGUAUCUUGCUCAAGGGUACUUUGGCAUGCAGUUGGAAGCAGCUGGGAACUGAGCCACCGACCUUCUGACUAGCAGAUGACCUGUUGUAGCUCCUGGGCCACAGCCAGAAGGUCCAAAUACAUGAAACAGAUCAGUCAUGAGACCACCUCCAUUCUGAAUCUAUGCUCGUUUAACAUGUAGCUGAAAUCCAACCAAACUCUACCCUGCCCUUAAACAGUUCACUUAUGGCCCCACAGAGGGUCCCGUCUGGCCCACUGGGUCUUUUUCAAAGUGUGAAAAUAGCAGAAAAAGAGGCCAGAACUUUAGCAACUCCUCACUGACCCUGUGUCGUGUAGCAGGAUUAGCAUUAUGUCUGUGCCGUAGCUGUUUGAACUGUUUAUUGCACCUGAGUCAUCAUCAGUUUUACAGCCUUCAGACAAACAGAGCCUGUAGCCACCGCACACUGAAGCAAGGCACGUAAUAGGAGGAGACACUUUAACCAAAUGAUAUGUUUGGGAAGUACGGUAAUAUAAGUUACACAGUCAUUUUUAGGGUCCGUCCAGCUUGAUGAAUGUGUGUGGCCCAUGAACUCAAUACUUUGACACUCCUGAGGCUGGAGAGGCAGGAUGGGCGUCUGGUUGUAGUAUCAUAGGUUUCCCACCAAAUGUUGCUAGUUCCUCUUAAAAUAGUUACAGGUGUCAGCAGGUGUAGGAGAGAGCAUCAUUGAUAUGUGUACUCUGAAUGCAUUUUAAUGACUGUUAAGUGGCUGAUUUUUGCUUUCCACCGUUACUGAGUUCACACUUUCCCCAGUUUUUCACCUGUUUUGAAGGUGGAUUUUUGGGGACCUGGUUUGGGUCGACUUCAGAUGUUUUAAUGUGCAGCAGGAAUAUCUUCUUCAAUAAUAAUAAUUGUUUGAAUGGGCUGGAAAUGAUUUGCCGACCACAAACUUUAAAAAUGAGCUUUCCAAACAGUUGCUCACAUUUCUCUGUAUAAGCAACUGUAGCCACAAAUAAUUUAAAAUUAUUAUAUUGAUUUUUUUUUUAUUAUUAUUUUUAGCCUUAAAUAAUAAAUAAAAAAAAACCUCCUCAUUCAUGAUUUUGGUUUUCUGUAUGUUUGUACACUUGUUAAACAUCCCCAUGAGUCUGUUCAGGACCUUCUUACAGCCUCAGCCCUGUCAGAACAUCUAACUGACCAAAUGAAAGGAGUUUUUUUUUUUUUUAAGAGAGCCGGAAAAUGUGAAUUUGCCCUA